AUGGAAGCCCCCUUCGUCACCUCAAAGCCAACUAUCUUCAAAGGGGAACCAGCGUUCCUUUUGUCUAAGGAAGAGGAUGACAAGCUCGCUACUCCUUUCCAAUUCUCACUCACCGGAAAAUUCUCAAAGGGGAGACCGAAGAUGGACUUCUUAUGGCACAAUUUUUGUACAAUUGGAUUCAAAGGGAACUACUCUCUUGGCACGAUAGAUCACCGUCAUAUUCACAUCCAUUUUGAUUUGGAAGAGGAUUUCCACCGCUGCUGGAUCAAGGGGAUGUGGUCUUUUGAUCACCACAUCAUGCGGGUUCUUAAGUGGACGCCACAAUUCAAUCCGGAGCAUGAAUCAUCUAUAGUACCUGUUUGGGUUGAUUUCAAAGGACUACCAAUCCAUCGAUUUAAUGAAGAAUAUCUCAGAAUAUUGCCAGGUAUCAUCGGCGCUCCGCUCAAAAUUGAUGUUCCAACCCUAAACUUAUCACGGCCUUCUAUUGCGAGAGUAUGUGUGGAAGUUGAUCUGCUUCACGAUCUUCCAAAGCGAAUUCUUCUUGGAACGGAGGAGCAUUCUUACUUUCAAAAAGUAACAUAUGAGAACCUUCCAAACUAUUGCCUUGAAUGCCGGAAAGUGGGGCAUUCGAUGAAAGAUUGCCGGCAUGGUAAACCUAAGGUUCCAAUGGGUGAAAAGCCAAAGACAAUUCUGACUAAGCAGAAUAAACCAGCCCCAGCAACGAAUGUUAAUAACAAUGUAUGGAAGUCGAAGGAAAAAAGGUUGGAAGGGCCAGCAAUGCAAGAAGACCUUCGGAAUAAAACAUCUACAUCAGGUCUAACUGAAAAAGAAAAGGAGCAAACUCCAAUUGAUGUGGAAGAUAAGACUAUGCCGGUUCCUCCCAUCUCUUCAGCAGAACGGAAGAUCUCCAAGCAGCAGUUAAGUGCGAUAAUUCAAAAUAACGACUCCGAGGAAUGUAGCUGGGAAGUGGAUGAAGCAGAAAAAAUUUCAAACCCAAAGGAAUCAGACUGUAAACAGCUUGCUGUUUUUAUUCCGACAAUUAAUUAUCUUCUCGAAGAGGUUCAAAUUGCUUCAUUAUCAGGUCGAGCAAAGGAAAUAAUGGAACUUACUGAAUAUGCGCAUGAUGAUAAUGUAAUUGGAAGUCAAUCGGAAAACUAUGAUCUACAGCCUAUAAGAUUGGUGGUCUCUGAUGAUGAAAAACCUAUGCUGCCACCUUCUGAAGUGGAGGAACUGAAAAAUAAAGUUCGUUUUAAAGAUGCGUAUUCGUCUAAUUCGAGGAAGAUUUGGGUUCCUUGUUCUCAAGAAUGGUCCUCACGGUUACUGAGAGGUUCAGAUAAGGUUGUGCAUUUGGAAGGGGAAAGUCAUAAAACGGCAAAGAAGGUUUUGGUGUCGGCGGUGUAUCCGAAAUCCACACGACAUGAGCGUCAGUUGCUAUAA